CUCUCAGAGCCUAGAGUCGGGAGGCUGUUGUCACCGGCCCGGAGUCUUCCGGUUUCGCGGUGGCCGCUCCACCUCCCUCCGAAGCCCGGGAUACGCCCUCUCGAGCGCCGCCCGCCGCCCUCCGUUCAGCGUCGAACUCCUCAGGGUUGCUGCGCGGCUCCUCCAGCGCGACAUUCUGUCACUCCGGUUCUCGCCCCUUCGGGAACCUCGGCCCCACACUGCCCCCUUUCCCGAAUGAGCUGUCCCCUCCCACCCCUCUAAAAUGUCCAGUAACCUACAGAGGGUCUUACUGAAACCCGCAGAGGACAAUUCAGGCAGCGCCUCGCAUUGUGUUUCAGGCUGCAUGUACCAAGUAGUUCAGACGAUUGGCUUGGAUGGAAAAAAUCUUCUGCAAUUACUUCCAAUUCCUAAUUCUUCUGGAAAUCUUAUACCACUAGUUCAAUCUUCAGUCAUGUCUGAUGCUUUGAAAGGGAAUAGAGGAAAACCAGUUCAAGUUACUUUUCAGACUCAGAUUUCCAGCUCUUCUACAAGUGCGUCAGUUCAAUUGCCCAUUUUUCAGCCAGCCAGUUCUUCAAACUAUUUUCUUACAAGAACAGUAGAUGCAGCAGAAGAAAGUAGAGUUACUUCUGUGGGAACUGAAAAUUUUACUUCAGCAGUUUCUAAAGUUCAGAGUCAUGGUGUGAAAAUUGAUGGACUCACCAUGCAAACAUUUGCUGUUCCUUCCUCCUCAACACAAAAUGAUUCAUCUUAUAUUAUAGUUAAUACCCAGAGUCUUCCAAUGAGUGUGAAAUCUCCAGUUUUGCCUUCUGGGCAUCAUUUACAGAUUCCAGCCCAUGCUGAAGUGAAAUCUGUACCAGCGUCAUCAUUGCCUCCUUCAAUUCAGCAAAAGAUACUUGCAACUGCAACCACAAGUACCUCAGGAACAAUUGAGGCAUCCCACAUACCAAGUGUUAUUUAUGUAUCUCCUGUAAAUACAGUGAAAAAUGUAGUUACAAAGAACUUUCAAAACAUUUAUCCAAAACCUGUUACAGAAAUAGCAAAGCCAGUGAUACUAAAUACCACACAAAUUCCAGUGAAUAUUGCUGCAGAGAGACAAUUACAAGGUGGUCAACAUUCUCAAGCUGCUCCAGUGAAAUGGAUUUUUCAAGACAAUCUACAUCCUUAUACUCCAUCUCUUGUUCCUGUUAAGUCUUCAAAUAAUGUGGCUUCAAAGAUUUUAAAAAGUUUUGUAGAUAGGAAAAGUUUGGGAGAUAAUGCUGUAAAUAUGCCACCAUUGAGUACCAUCAGUCCUAGUGGGACACAAUCCAAAAAUAUGCCCAUUAAAGAUAAUGCUUUGGUUAUGUUUAAUGGGAAAGUCUAUCUAUUGGCUAAAAAGGGGACAGAUGUUGUGCCAUCACAAAUUGACCAACAGAAUUCUGUUUCUCCUGAUAUUCCACUAAGAAAAGACAUGUUACAGAUAGUGAGUUCAAGUCCAGUCACAGAAAUAUCCAGAGAGGUUGUAAAUAUCGUUUUGGCUAAAAGUAAAUCUUCCCAGAUGGAGACAAAAUCACUUCCCAAUACUCAGCUUGCUUUCGUGGCCAAUCUAAGGGCAGAGAAGAAUAAAAAAGUUGACAAACCGUCUCCUUCUACCACAAAUCCACAUAAUAUGAAUCAAUCCAGUAACUACAUAAAACAGAGUAAGACUUUAUUCACAAAUCCAAUCUUUCCAGGUGGAUUUAGUGCAGGACAAAAUGCCCCCAGAAAAGAAAAUAUCAUCCAGAGCAUAGAGAAAAUAAGUUCCUCUGGUGAUGCAACAAAUGUUACUUCACAACAGUGUGUUUUCAGAGACCAAGAACCAAAGAUCCAGAAUGAGAUGGCAUCAACAUUAGAAAAAGGUACUAAAGAAAGAAACAAGAAAGUUUUGCAAGGAAGAAAUAAUAAGACAUCGUAUCUGAAGAGUGAUGCUGAAUUAAAAAAGAUAUUUGGUCUCACUAAAGAUUUGAGAGUGUGUCUUAGUCGAAUUCCUGACCAUUUUGGCUCUGGAGAAGGUUUUGAUUCCUUUAGCAGUUUGGUGAAGAGUGGUACUUACAAUGAUACAGAGUUUAUGGUGAAGGCAAAAGAAAAAAAACAGAGUCUUGAUAAGAAAAGAAAAGCAAAAACCAUUAAGAAGAUGGAUCACACAAAGAAGAGAAAAACUGAGAGUGCUUAUGACGUAGUCAUAAACGGGGGAACUAAUGUCACCAAUUCCCAACUCCUUAACAGUAUUUUACCAGCUUCAGAUGUAUCACAACCUAACAUUCACACAAGCCUCAGCAAGAGCAGAGAAGAAAAGAAAACUGAGAUAGAACACUAUCUCCAUGAGAAGCAAGAGAAAGGCUCAUUGAGUUCAAAUACAGCUCAUGAACAAAGUCAUUCCUUUAAUAAAAAUUAUGCCGAAGAUAUUUUCCCCAUGAUGCCACCAGAGUUAGAAGAAACCAUUCGAGAUGAAAAAAUAAGAAGACUUAAGCAGGUGCUAAGAGAGAAAGAAGCAGCUCUUGAAGAAAUGCGUAAGAAGAUGCACCAAAAAUAAUAAAAUCUAUACUUAAAAGACUUCAAUGAAAUGUUUUUUAAAAUAUACUUUUGUAUUAAUAAGUUAAUUGUAGAUGUAUUCUGAAAGUGUCUUAGAAUAUAAAACUUGCUUUUUCAUGAGUUGAUUAUAAAAUUUUAUUUAAGGAACACAGAAAAGAUUGAUUCACAUAUGACUUAUGAAUAAUCUGUGUGGGGGUAUCUAAACCUUUGUCUUAGAUACCUAUUUUUGGAAGGAAAAAAUUUAUAUUUUUCUAUUAUUUUAAUUUGAAUUUUCCAAGUUUGAAUAUUUGUGUAGGGUUUUUGUUAUUUGUAUCUUUAGAUAAAUUGCUCAGGUGUUACUCCAAUAAUAGAUAAUUAUUGUGUGUUAUUCAAGUUCUACAACCCAAGAGAGAUAUCAGCUCCAACCUCAGCUUUACCAGUGGGUUUAUAUAUGUAUGUAUUUGCUUGGUCUCUUUACCCAUAAAGUGAUGGUAUCUUCUACUUACCAUUUUGUUAUUUUUGUUUGUUUCAUGAAGGAAAAUGUAUUAUGGUAGCAUUAUUUAAUAUUCAAACUUUUCUCAAGAGUGAGGGACACUUGUUUUGUAACUUUACAAAGUAAUUUUGUAUAAUCCAAAACAUGUUUUGGAAUUCAGGUUAUUUGAUACAUUGUUUGCUUAAAGUGAUGUUUUAUUAUUCCUAGGCAAAUGUUGCGUUUAGGCGGGGGCGGGGGCAGGGGGGGGAAUAUGUAGAUAUGUUACUUGGAUUGUGUGAAAAGUAGAUCUGAACAAUGUUCUCAUUUAAUACUUUUUAAAUUUUCAAGUGUAGUUUUUCUAUCUGGUUAAUCUUUGAUUUGGGAGAGUUUGGGAGUGGGAGGGAGAUAGAGAUUAAAAGAGGUGAGAAGGAUACAGUGAUAAAAAAAUGAUUAACAAAUCCCUGGAAGUAAGAGAGGUUAAAAGAAAAAACCUGUACAGUAGCAACAAAAGAGAAAAUAGUAAAUCAGAAACUACUGGAAAGGAAUGAAACAAAUACAAAUGUCAAGUAGAUUCUGUUGUUUUUUUUUUAGUAACAGCUUUAUUAAAAUAUAAUUCAUAUACCAUA